AGCGUGGAAGUGUGGUGUACAAAUUAUACAAUUUGACAAAGUUUCAAGCUACAAAAAUGUUUCGAAACCAGUAUGAUAAUGAUGUCAGUAUUUGGAGCCCACAGGGAAGAAUACAUCAAAUAGAGUAUGCAAUGGAGGCAGUGAAACAGGGUUCAGCAACCAUUGGCAUAAAGUCGUCUACUCAUGUUGUAUUAGUUGCACUGAAGCGUGCUGCUUCAGAAUUAUCAGCACAUCAAAAGAAGAUAAUUCCAAUUGAUGACCACAUUGGUAUAUCCAUCGCAGGUCUAACAGCAGAUGCAAGGUUGCUUAGUAAGUUCAUGAGAAUUGAAUGUUUGGAUUCUAAAUUUAUAUACGAUACACCUCUCCCUGUUGCAAGGCUGGUCGGGGCUAUUGGUGAUAAAAUGCAACAACAAACGCAGAUGUAUGGUCGACGUCCUUAUGGAGUCGGUUUACUCAUCGCUGGAUAUGAUGACGCUGGACCUCAUUUGUACCAGACAUGCCCUUCUGCAAACUUUUUCGAUUGCAAAUGUAUGGCAAUCGGUGCUAGAUCACAGUCCGCAAGAACGUACUUGGAGAAGAUGUUGGAUGAGUUUCCUAAUUGCACCCCAGAAGAACUGAUAAAACAUGGUUUGACUGCUCUAAGGGAAACAUUACCCAACGAACAAGAAUUAACUACAAAGAACUCAUCAGUGUGUCUGGUUGGAAAGGAUAAUGUGUUGGAAAUAUUUAAUGACGAAGCUGUUGAGCCAUAUCUUGCUCUACUGGACAAUCUGAAAGGUGGAAGAGCAGGCAGAGAAGAGGCAAAAGAUGAAGCUGGGGAACCGGGAGCCGAGGCAUCGAUGGAACAAGACCCGGCUGGUGGGACUGGUGUCAGCGAGGAUAAAGAUAUGGACACUGCAUAGCUUACUUACAAUCUUUCUACACCGAAUUGAGGGAAACUUGAAACAUUUGAAACAUUCUGUGCCACAGUACCCAUAUCCUUGACACUUCGAGAAAUGCGUGUAUCUCUUAACUUAAUAUGCUAGGAAUUUACGCUACGCCCGAAAAAUAGUAAAUAUUUUCUAUGAA